AUGGGAGAAGUACAUUUCAACCACUUCGCUCAGCAACUGCAGAUGCCUGACAGAAACAAGGGUGAGAUGUCAAGAAAUUUGCAACCACAUUCAAUCAAUGAAGAAUCUCAGUCGUCAACUCUGGAAAGGGUAGCAGAAGAGUCAUUAAUAAACGAAGUCCUUGGUCGAGGACUAAUGGAGCAUGGAUGUCCACAUUACAGAAGAAGGUGUUGCAUUAGAGCUCCUUGCUGUAAUGAGAUCUUUGGUUGUCAUCACUGUCAUUAUGAGGCGAAGAACAGUAUUAAUGUAGGUCAGAAUCAGAGGCAUGAUAUUCCUCGCCAGCAAGUUGAACAGGUUAUUUGCUUACUCUGUGGCACUGAACAAGAGGUUCGCCAAAUGUGUAUCAACUGUGGAGUUUGCAUGGGGAAGUACUUCUGUGAAGUUUGCAAGCUCUAUGAUGAUGAGACGUCUAAAAAACAGUAUCACUGCGAUGGAUGUGGAAUCUGCAGAAUCGGUGGACGUGAGAAUUUCUUUCACUGUUACAAGUGUGGCUGUUGCUAUUCAAUCCUUCUCAAGAACAGUCACCCUUGUGUUGAAGGAGCUAUGCAUCACGACUGUCCCAUUUGUUUUGAGUAUCUGUUCGAGUCACGGAACGAUGUAACCGUUUUGCCCUGCGGACACACAAUCCACCAGAAGUGCUUGGAGGAAAUGAGAGAACAUUAUCAAUACGCGUGCCCACUCUGCUCAAAAUCUGUAUGCGACAUGUCAAAGGUGUGGGAGAAAUUUGACGUGGAGAUUGCUGCUACACCAAUGCCGGAACCAUACCAGAACAGAAUGGUUCAGAUUCUAUGCAACGACUGUGGGACGAAAUCGGAGGUACAGUACCAUGUGGUGGCUCAGAAAUGCCCAAACUGCAAAUCAUACAACACUCGCCAAACCCGAGGCUGA